AGUCACUCACUCACUCAUCGUCUGAUUCGUCUCCUGCUCUUCUCCUAGGCUCCUACACGGCUACACUUUGGCUUCGUCUGGAACGGUCAUGUCUGAGGCUGAUCGAUGCGGCCUCCCUGUCCCGCCGUUGCACUGCCAACGCUCCUCUCCCGCCUCCGUGCGUGCAGGUCCGCCUCCCACGCGCUCCAGUGCCACGCCCUCCUCCUCACCUCGGGCCACCUCGCCGCGUCCCCGCUGCGCCUCUCCAACCACCUCCUCCUCGCCCUCGCGUCCGUCCCCAGCGCCGCCGCGCUCGCGGACGUCGUCUUCGCGCGACUCCCGCUGCCCGCCGCCCGCGACCCAUUCGCCUGGAACACAGCCAUCCGCCUCCAUGCCCCGGCGCGCCCCCGCGCCGCGCUGCUCUACUUCGCGCGGAUGCGCCGUUGCGGCGUGCGGCCCGACGCCUACACGUUCCCCGCGGUCCUCAAGGCCUGCGGCUGCGCGCCUGGCUGCAGGGCCGGACUCCUAGUUCACGCCGAGGCCGUGAGGAGGGGGCUGGCCGCGGACCUCUUCACGGUGAACGCGCUCAUCAGCUUCUACUGUAGGAUCCUGGACAUCCGCUCGGGCAGGAAGGUGUUCGACGAGGCAGGCGGCGUUUCGCGGGAUCUCGUCUCGUGGAACUCCAUGGUCGCUGGGUACGUUGGGUGCGGGGAGAUGGGGCUCGCGCAGGAGAUGUUUGACGAAAUGCCGCAGAAGGACACGUUCUCGUGGGCGACCUUGAUCGACGGGUAUGGGAAGCAAGGCGGUGCUGGUGUGGACCGUGCACGCGAGUUGUUUGAUCAAAUGCCUGAGAGGGAUUUGGUGUGCUGGAACUCAAUGAUCGAUGGUUAUGCCAGGCAUGGUAGGAUGGAUGAGGCGAGGUCACUGUUCGAGGAAAUGCCGGAGCGGAAUGUGAUCUCGUGGAGCAUUGUCAUUGAUGGGCAUGUCAGUUGUGGAGAGGCAAAGGAGGCUUUGGAGUAUUUUCAGAGUAUGCUACGGUGUGGCUUAAGGCCUGAUAGGAUCGCUGCCGUGGGAGCUGUCAGUGCUUGUGCUCAGCUGGGCGCUUUGGAGCAAGGAAGAUGGCUUCACUCUUACUUGGAAAAGAAGAAGCUGCUGUCUGAUGUUGUGGUGCAAACAGCUUUGAUAGAUAUGUACGUGAAAUGUGGGUGCUUGGAUCUUGCCAUGUUGAUCUUUGAAAGCAUGGCCGAGCGGAGUGUAGUCACUUGGAAUGUGAUGAUUGUUGGACUUGGAACUCAUGGUUUUGGUCUGGAUGCUGUCACGCUGUUCCAUCGAAUGGAGGCUGAAAGUGUUGCAGUGGAUGAUCUUAGUGUACUUGGCAUGCUGACUGCUUGCACACAUGCUGGGUUGGUCUCAGAGGGUUUAGAGAUAUUUCACAGAAUGAAAAAGGAUUUUGGGAUAGAUCCCAAGGUAGAACAUUAUGGUGCAUUGGUUGAUCUACUUGGUCGUGCUGGCCGUUUGGAUCAGGCCAGGCAUGCUAUAGAGACAAUGCCCAUGGAACCAACUCCAGAAUUGUGGGGAUCUCUUCUUGCUGCCUGUCGAAGCCACAGUUGUGUUGAGCUGGCUGAGUUAUCAGUGGAACGUCUUGCAGAUCUUGGAGCUGAUGAUUCUGGAGUCUAUGUCCUUCUGUCAAAUAUCUAUGCUGAUGAAGGAAUGUGGGGUGAUGUUUUGAGGAUUAGGAAAUUGAUGAGUGAUGAGGGAAUGAGAAAGGAUAUUGGACGGAGUGUGAUUGAAGUGGAUGGUGAAAUACAUGAGUUUGUGAAUGGAGUUGGCUCAUAUAUUUGUAAGGAUGAAAUGUACUUGAUGCUGUGGAAUUUGUCUAACAUGGUGGCAUCUAUUUGAUGCUCCUUUGUCUACCAAUUUUGUGAAAUCCUUCACCAUGGUGUAUGUUGUUUUAACAUCCUAAACAUGCACAUGACCAAAUUAUAAUUACAUCUGAUGGUUCGUAGCUCUGAUGGUAAUGUGUUAUUUUUCAACCCUGAGGUUUCCAGCUCAAGCACAAGCAGGUGAUUGUUAUUUCUAUUACUAUGUAAAAGAGGAGUGCCAUGAAUGACCAUAAGAACUGAUGAUGCUCAGAAGAUCCAGCCUAGAUCUCCAAGGCUGUUCAAGCAGUUGGUACAUUUUGAGGACAAUCGAAGUUAACGGGCACAAGAUCCGAAUACAAAGCUUGGGCGUUUGGUGUUUCAGUGUUGCACAGCAGGAAAGGAAGACAGUUGACAUGGCUCUUCCCAGGACAAAAAAUGAAUAGAAAUCAACUCCAAAUCUUCACUCAAACCCUGAAAGAGAAAUCAGCGAAGUUAACCCGUUUGGUGUCGCUUUUGGACCAGCUCCAGGAGCAGUUUUUUCACAGCGUCACUUACUAAGGCUUUGUUCGUUUACACCAAUCCAGCUCUGGAUUAGCAUGGAUUGGAAUUAAAUCCAUGUCACAAUCCAUGCCCCAAAAUAAUCCAAGACUACUUAAAUUUUUUUA